AUGGUUCCUUUUCCCUUCCAACGCCUACCACCUGAGCUGAAGAUCAAGAUCAUCCAUGAAGCACUACCGAGAUUGAUCCUCCCGGAGAACUUCGACACCCCAGACAAGCCCUACUCCCAAGCUGAACAAUACUGGGUUGGUGAUCUCCAAAAAUCAUGUAAAGGGAUCCGAUCUAUUGUCAACAACAUUCGAAAGAUUGUGGCUUUCGAUCAUGGGAAAGUCCUUUUCAGACUCGACCCUAUUCGCGAUACGCUUCUGGUAAAGGAGAUGUGCCUUCCCAGUAUUGAAAGCACAAAAGACUGGGAUCCAGCUACCUCGAACCUCGAUCGCCAUGCUUUGCCUGUUCGAAGACUCAUGACUCAGUCGCACUAUAUCAUGGACCCUAACGGACACUCUGAUUGGCGGUAUCGACUCUUUCCAGCAAGCUAUCACUCAAAGUGGUCGGAAAGCCCUUUCUCUACUUCUCUACCCAUAUUCUCUCAUUUACCACUUGUCGAAGGGCUGGUAGUAUCAUUCCAGCGUGCUGGAACGGAAUGGAACAUCGACGACUUCCAGAUGUUUGGUCCCGAUAUCAUCGCACCUCGAAGACGGGGGGAAGGAUGGGGUAUUGCAAGAGUCGGUUGUCACAAUACAGCCGCUGCCGAAUAUUUCGUCAGCCGGGGCAUACCUGCUGAUACCGGUGAAAAAUGGAUAUUCGCAAUGAAUACGGGAUUCACACUGGAAGGCGAUAAUAUCAGUGCUGAGAUCGACAGGCAAAUCAGAUAUGGACAUGAUGUCACUCCUCGAAUCGGGUUUUAUGGAUUCAGCCGUGGCACUAUGUCUCUCGGCGGCAAAUGGGCAGGCUUUCGGUAUUUCACUGAAACAAACGAGGUCCAUUUUAGCCCACUGGCUUGGUCAGAGGUGAAAGACUUCGUCCACCGCUGGUACCAUCCGGACCCUGUGUUCAACAACUUCCCAUGCGCCCCGUAUUCUCAGUUGAUUGCGCGCGUCUGGAUUAUCAAACCUGGAAAAAAGGCGGAACCUGACCAGCAGCACCACUGUUGGCUCAAGGUCAAGAAGUGGGAGGAGGGAGAUCCAGAUUGGGUUGCUCAAGUAGAGACCAUGUGGAAGAUGGUACGCGGCCAUCUCCUAAAUCAGAGACAUGAGCCCAAGUACAAACUUUCCAUGGCCAAUGAUUCCUUGGAGUUUUGA